AUGAGAGUCCAACCGCGUCGUAGCCAGCAGAAUAGCGCCGUCUUUUUCAUUCUCGGAUUGACGAUUGGCGGCGUCUUGCUGGCCAGAUUGACCCCAAGCAAGCGAAGACCGGCGUUCGUCGAUGCUGCCUCGACGGACGAUGCCGGCUUGUCGUCCUACUUCAGCUCAGCCAGGCAGCUGCUCAGCACGGGCCUCGAUGCUCACAACUCGGCGCGCACCUACUCGAGCUUGAUGCCGAACGAGAACCCGCGAACGGAGCAAAUGUUGCGCGAAACCAUCGAGAGGACAUCCGAUCUUAUUGAAGACUACCAGCACGAGGGCCUCUCGAACUUUCCCGCACUUCCCAAUGCCAUGGGUUUGGGCGCGCUGACGCGUCUUCCCGACAAGCUGCUACGCGCGGAGAUGUCCAUGUUGCAGGGCGGGAUUCGCAUGGCCGAGGAGAUGCGCGAGCGCCCGAUACAGGCAACAAUCAACGUGCCGCAGGAGCUCUCCACAAUGUUCAUGAGGAUGCUACACCAGCUGAACCAGUGAGCACGGCGUCACCGAAUGACUUGUUCCACAGAGGCCGCUACGCAAGCAUCAGUUGUGAUAGGCGCG